CGGCGCCCCUCAGAGGGGCGAUGCCAGUCUUGCUCAAUGCAGACGCCUCCUUCAGCUCCAAGCAGGAGCUCCUGGACCUGCAGGACUGCCCUCUCAGCGGGGGGCCCUCCCUGGGCACCCCCAGUCCAGAGGAUUCCCAGACAGGCAGCCCCGUAGGAUCUGGCUCCAGGAGCCCCGGAAGCGCCGGAGCCAGCGGCUCCAGGCCUCACAUCUUCACCGGGGCCUCCUCGCUCCCCGGGCAGCUCUACGGGGGGGAAACCAGGUCGGCGCCAGAGAGUCCGGCGGGCCUGAAGCUGAUCUCGGCCGACACGGGUCAGCUGUGCGGCUGGGGGGCUCUCGCACCCAAAGCCAUCCAGGUGUUCAACACCCCCCGCUGGGUGCUGUUCUUCCUGUGCGUGGCCUCCUUCCUCCAGGGGAUGAUCAUCAACGGCUUCAUCAACACGGUGGUCACCUCCAUCGAGAGGCGCUUCGACCUGCGCAGCUACCAGGCCGGCCUCAUCGCCAGCUCCUACGACAUCGCGGCGUGCGUGUGCCUGGCCUUCGUCAGCUACUUCGGCGGGACGGGCCACAAGCCGCGCUGGCUGGGCUGGGGGGUGCUGGUCAUGGCGCUGGGCUCGCUGGUGUUCGCCUUGCCCCACUUCACCACGCCCCCCUACCAGGUCAGCCUGCCCGAGCAGACGGGGAUGUGCCUGGCCAACCGCACCAGCCGCUGCCAGGACAAGGAGGGCGGCGGGCAGUCCAGCUACCGCUUCGUGUUCAUGCUGGGCCAGUUCCUCCACGGCGUCGGGGCCACGCCGCUCUACACUCUGGGAGUCACGUACCUGGACGAGAACGUCAACUCCAACUACGCGCCUGUCUAUAUCGGGAUCUUCUACACUGCCGCCAUCGUGGGUCCGGCGGCCGGCUACCUGCUGGGCGGAUACUUCCUCAACAUCUACACGGAGAUCCACCUGGCGACUGAGAUGACCCCAGAGAACCCUCACUGGGUUGGAGCUUGGUGGGUGGGCUUCCUCGGGGGAGGGGCAGCCGCCCUGCUGAUAGCGAUCCCCAUCCUGGGCUACCCACGGCAGCUUCCAGGUUCUCAGGAAUUUGUGGCCAUGAGGGUUUCUGAAGCCCACCAGCUGAAGGACGGAAGCCACACCACCGCCUCGGAUCCUCAGUUCGGCAAAUCGGUCAAAGACAUGCCAAGAUCUGUGCUGCUGUUGCUGAAGAACCCCACCUUCCUCUUCCUGUGCCUGGCCGGGGCCACCGAGGCCACCCUCAUCGCCGGCAUGUCCACCUUCGGCCCCAAGUUCCUGGAGUCGCAGUUCAGCCUGAGUGCCUCCGAGGCCGCCACCUGGUUCGGUUACAUGGUGGUGCCGGCGGGCGGCGGCGGCACCUUCCUGGGCGGCUACAUCGUCAAGAGGCUGAACCUGCGCUGUCGAGGCAUCAUCCGCUUCUGCAUGAUGUGCGCGAUGGUCAGCCUGCUCGCCAUCUUCAUCUUCCUCAUCCACUGUCCCAACGUGCCCAUGGCCGGAGUCACCGCGCCCUACCGGUCCGGCCCGGCGGCGCCUCGCCAGCCGGACCGCUACCAGAACCUGUACGACAAACCGGGCAAGCUGCGGCCCAGAAACAGCUCGUCUCUGGACCAGAGCCUGACCGUGGGCUGUAACUCCGGCUGCGGCUGCGUCACCGAGCUGUACAAUCCGGUGUGCGGCGCCGACGGCGUCAUGUAUUACUCCCCGUGUCACGCCGGCUGCACCGCCAUCAACCACACCGAGCGCUCCUCCGGCAGGCAGGUGUACUCUGGCUGCUCCUGCGUCCAGGGGAACGUGUCGUGGGGAGAGCAGGGCUCGGCGCUGGCGGGGAAGUGUGGCAGCUCCUGCCACCACAUGCCGGCCUUCCUCAGCCUGCUCUUCAUCGUCAUCCUCUUCACCUUCCUCUGCAGCAUCCCGGCGCUCACCGCCACCCUCAGGUGUGUUCCUGACAGCCAGCGGUCCUUUGGGCUGGGCAUCCAGUGGAUCGUGGUGCGCACGCUCGGCGGCAUCCCCGGGCCCAUCGCGUUCGGCUCGGUGAUCGACAUCUCCUGCCUGCUGUGGCAGGACCAGUGCGGCGAGCAGGGCUCCUGCUACCUGUACCACAACCGGGCCAUGAGCCAGUACACCCUGGUGGCUGGAAUCCUCUACAAGGUUUUGGGGAUCAUGUUUUUCCUGGUGGCCAGCAUCCUGUACCAGCCUCCCCCGGAGUCUCCGCAGAGCAGCUGCGAGAGCACGGACCACGGCGCGGGCCCCAUGAGCGACCUGCCCGUCAAAGACCUGCCGGAGGACGGCGUCAUCGUCAACGUGCACGCCAGGUUAUGACGUCCGAGACAAGCCGGGUCGCAGACACCAAGCCCCAGGAUGCCUUCACGCACACACAACUUUUUAUAGCACACAAUGACUUGUGACAUGCUGCUCUGCCUCGACUGUGUGUGUGUAUGUGUGUGUGUGUGUGUGUGUGUGUGUGUUUUCUACAGACAUCUGAAAACUAACCGCACUAAGAACCUUUCUAGAAUGUUGACGACGUUCUUCUUUCUUAUCGUGGUUCUGUGUCAUCUGUCAUCAGUGAAGCGCCUGAGACCCUCGUGGUGUGUGUGGAGCAUUUCCUGAGUGUUUUCUGUUUUCUGUUCCUUCAAAUUAAAGUUACACUGCUUUAUUUUUCACCCACACAUGAAGCCGCGGUCUGACGUACAGUAACGACAAAACCAGAUCACUCUUUGGAUGAAACGAUAUCAAAACGCCCCAUCUCUUCUAGUUCAGCUCUGAUUUCUGGUAACGUGAGGAAUUUGUCCUCUAAAUAGUGACAAUCUGAAUCCAAAUUUAUUCUGAAAUAUUCUCCAAUUAGAAUCUUUUAUUUGGCAGAGGUCAUCAAAAUUUUGGGGAAAAACUUGAAGCUUAUGAAUUUCUUCCUGUUGCAAACUUAUAAUGUCAUUAAAAUUUCUAUUAAUGUUGACAUUGGCCACUGUUUCCCAGCAUGCCUUGCAUGCUCCAAGCUGCCCAUGGCCUGGCUUAUCACUACUCUUCUAACUUUAUUUUAUUAUAUCUUUUUUGUCAAAGUUUGUGGGAAAUCCUCUCAUACAAACUGACGUCCUUUCC